CUCCAUUAACUAGGGGAAGACUUGAGUUCCAGCAACAUCUAGGGGAAAAAUAACUGAAUAAAGAAUAAAUCAAUCUGUUGCUUGUCAUGGAAAAACUCAAAAUAAACUUUUAUAUAGUGUCCAUCCCUUUCCGAGUGUGAAAGCAUUAGAUUCCUCUUGUUAUAAUCUAAAUUCUACAGUCGAAAUGUGCUUAUAAAAAAGGGCGUGUGCCGUCCACACUCCAUAUGCAAUAACCAUACAUUCCCCUUACAUUUUCCUCCUAUACCAUGCCAGCCCUAGAACUUGAUCAGGAGAUCAGAUCUGAAAACUUCAAAAACAAUAGUAGUAUUGAAGCUGCAGCAACAAAUGAAGAGCAUAAAGCUGAGGUUUUUGAUUAUGCCAAGAGGGCACAGUGGCUUCGAGCUGCUGUUUUAGGAGCCAAUGAUGGGCUGCUCUCUACGGCUUCUUUGAUGAUGGGAGUUGGUGCUGUACGUAAAGACUCCAAGACCAUGGUCCUUACAGGGAUCGCUGGUUUGGUUGCUGGUGCUUGUAGCAUGGCAAUUGGUGAGUUGGUCUCAGUUUACUCACAAUGUGACAUUGAAUUGACUCAAAUGAAGAGAGAAAACAUGGCAAAAAAUUUUGCCGAUCAUGACUUCGACACCAAGAAACAAAGUUUGCCUAAUCCCUGGCAAGCAGCUGGCGCAUCUGCGCUUGCUUUUGCUGUUGGGGCUGUCAUACCGUUAGUUGCUGCUGUGUUCAUAAAUGUUUACGUGGUGAGGUUAGUGGUGGUGGUGGCUGUUGCGAGCUUAGCCCUGUUAGCUUUUGGUGCGUUGGGAGCCCUUUUGGGGGGUGCACCAAUGUUGAAGGCGUCGUUAAGGGUGCUGGUCGGAGGAUGGCUAGCCAUGGGAAUAACUUUUGGCGUCACCAAGUUGAUUGGUCGUUCAGGACUCUAAUCCAUCUUCUAUAUUUUUAAUAUAUACCUUUUUCCUACAUGUUUUUUUCAUUUUGCUUUUCAUAGUUAUGAGUCUAUCCAAGGAUUCAACAUCUACUCCUCCAUCUAUAUGCGGAUCUUGACAUAUAAUUUGAGGGGAUCAAUUAAUAAUACUCCUAAUAUUUUAAAUUA